GCCUUUUUUCAAUUGCAUUAUUUAUGCCCUCCACUUUGUAAAUUCGCAUGGCGACAUUACCACCAGCUUCAAUAUCAACAUCAGCAACAUCGGGUCGAAGGCGCACAGUCGCAGCACCGGUGCACCGGGUGUCUUCCCAGCAAGAGCAGCCAGAAAUGCCCAGCGUCUCCCGAGCAUCCUCCGUAACCUCAGCGCCCAGCACAGUGGCCGAAAGCCUGCGCUCCUACUGGGACACGCGACGUGGCACUCUCCGGCGGCUCUCCGGCAACCACAUGUUCCGCGCGAUCCACCGCACACCCAUAUCCCUGCGCAACACACCGCACCGCAGCGCAUCCACCACCAGCAAGGCAUUCAUCCACACGUCCGCCAAAGUGAACGCGUCCGUAUCGCGUCUCGUCAAUUUAAUCAUCCGAGAUUUCAUACAGGAGUGGUACGAGAAGGUCACGGACGAUAAGGAGUUUUUGAGCGAAGUCAGUAUGCAGCUAAAGCUAGUUAUUAAUGAUAUCGAGCGCCGGUGCCGCAAGGCCGAUUGGGUGCAGUUUCUUUUGUUUGAAGUGCCGGAUAUGGUGCAUCUGCAUGUGCGCGAUGCACAUCAGUGUGUGGCUCGGCUAGGCACGGUGUAUGUCGGCAGGGAGACGUCCAUUGAGGCAAUGUUCCAGUCUAUGCAGCCGCACGUUGCACUGGCACAGGCUGCUGAUUCGGAACUCGCCUACCUGCGGCUUCUCUCCAACGAGCUGCUCACUGUGUUCAUGCCGCCCGAGGCCCAAAACGACGAGGUUGUGCUGAACUUAGUGCGCGAGAUCCUUGCUUGCGCCGUCCUACGCAAUGUCGUCGAUGCGAUUGCCGACCCAAGCACGCUAAAUGAGGGCAUUGUGCGUGCACUGGGCAAGCAUUCGAAGAAGGAGUAUUUCCGCAAUGCGGAUAUGUCCCGGUACAUCACCCAGCCUAUGUGUAUUGAUGCGGAUGAGGAUUCUGCGGUUGACCCGUCAGAGUAUUUGUCGGAUCCGGAUGCCCCGAAUGCCACGGUUGAGACUAUGCUGCGCGAUGCACAGACCUCACAAAUCAGCUCCGCGAUACAGCCACCCACAUUGCGCAAAGAACCGCUGCCCGCCGCUUCUCACCCUAUCAACCACUCAGCAGCCUUGGGAGACGCCCAAACGGUUGGCAAACCGGCGCAAGGCAACCUCACCGAGCUGCUGAGCAGCCAGCUGAGCUUUGCGUCGUGGUGGCUGAUCAGUGACCUGUUCUCGCAGGCGCGGUGGCGCGGUUGGAAAAACAACACGAUCCGCUGGGCCAUCUACCUGCACCUAAUAGUGACGCAGACAAUCAGCCGUAUCUUCUCAAUGUUUUCCGAGUACACCUUUUCUCUCAACCAGCUUUGGCAGCCAGACACCGUGCAGACUAGCUACCGCGGCGCGAUCCACCCGAUUCUCGGCCUCGUAAACACCUUCCUUCUCCUUGAUCUUUACAAUCAAUGGGCAUGGGCGCAGUUUAUAUUUUACAUAUUUCCUCUGAUAAACCUCAUUGCUGGCGCCGCCAUAGAUCGCACACUGGUGAAGGUUCUUUGGUUUCUCCUCGGCGAGCAGCAGAUUGCAUCAUACGUUGAUCUGAUUGUGGACAGUUUGUGGAAACCCGAGAAUGGGGGCAAGUUCAAAUCCGGAAAUAAACCGUACAAGACCUUGGAGCAGGAGGAGAUGCUGCGCAGGGAUGCUGCGGAGCUGGUCGCUGAGCUUUUGCCGUAUGUAGCUACGAGGUUUUUCUAUGGUCAGUCAGAGGAGGAUCGGCUGUUGGCUGCGCAGAGGAUUCUUGAGCCGUUUGAGAAUCGCCAGCUGAAUAAGCAUUUGGUCUACAAUAUCCUCGAUUCCAUUAUUGGAAAAAUCGCUCCUGAGCUUAGGGAAUCUGGUUCACAAAAUUCGUCUCAACAACAGCUCUAGGUUGAUUGCUUUUUUUGGGUGGGAGGGGGAUGAAAAAGGAGGUCGAUUGAAUGGUUUACUUGUAGUUUCCUAUUUACUGCCCAAGAACAAGAACAUGUUAUUGUCAAUAUUUUUAUUUUAAUAUAUUUUAUACAAAC